AUGGGUCACCACCACGACGGUGGCGAUGGCGUCCCUCAACAUGUCAAUAGCCCUCGAUUCUCCGGUCCUAUGACUCGCCGUGCUCAAUCUUUCAAACGCGGCGGCUCCGGUGGUAGCAGUAGCAACAACAACGUCGGCGUCAGUGCGGGUGACAACAAUACCGGCUCAAGCUUGAGAGUUCACCACGAGAUCGAUCUACACCUCUCACCCAGAUCAGAGAUCGCUUCUGGUUCGGGUCCGGAUCUUCAAACGACUGGGUUUGAUUCGGCUCUCAAUCGGAAACAUCAGACGUAUGGUCACUUGAGAGAGAGAGUUGUAAAAGGUCUGUUGAGGAAACCGAUGGGCUCCGUUGUUUCGGAUUUCAGUUUGAGAGAGAAGAAGAAACUUGGUCAUUGGAUGUUCUUCGUCUUCUGUGGUGUUUGUUUGUUUAUGGGUGUUUUCAAGAUUUGUGCUACUGGUUGGUUUGGAUCUGCCAUUGAUGGAGCAGCUUCUGAUCAGGAAUUAUCCAACUCCAUACCCAAAGUUAAUCUACUAGAUCAUAGCUCACAUGAUUAUAUCUAUAAAGAUGGAGGAAAUGAUGUUGAUCCAACUUUGGUUACGGAUUCUUCAGGCGUGGCGAGUGACCAAAGCGGUGUGGUUGAAUAUUCAGGUGUGUGGGCAAAACCUGAGAGUGGGAAUUUCUCGCAGUGCAUCGACACUGCCAGGCGUCGCAAAAAGUUAGGUGCUAAUACGAAUGGAUACCUUCUGAUAAAUGCUAAUGGAGGACUAAACCAAAUGAGAUUUGGGAUAUGUGAUAUGGUUGCAGUGGCUAAAAUAAUGAAGUCAACUUUAGUUCUUCCCUCGCUUGACCACAGUUCAUAUUGGGCAGAUGACAGUGGCUUUAAGGAUCUAUUUGAUUGGCAACACUUCAUUGAAGAGUUGGAAGAUGAUAUUCACAUAGUUGAGACCCUGCCUUCAGAAUUAGCUGGAAUCGAGCCUUUCGUUAAGACGCCCAUAUCGUGGUCUAAGGUUGGUUACUACAAGAAAGAGGUCCUUCCAUUGUUGAAACAGCAUGUUGUAAUGUACUUAACUCACACUGAUUCCCGGCUUGCUAACAACGAGCUGCCUAAUUCUGUACAAAAGCUGCGUUGCCGUGUAAACUAUAGGGCACUGAAAUAUUCAGCUCCAAUAGAGGAACUAGGAAGCGUUCUAGUUUCUAGAAUGAGACAGGACAGAGGUCCAUACCUUGCUCUUCAUUUAAGGUAUGAGAAGGAUAUGCUGGCUUUCACUGGCUGCAGUCAUAGUUUGACAGCUGAAGAAGACGAAGAACUACGCCAGAUGAGGUAUGAGGUGAGUCACUGGAAAGAAAAAGAAAUAAAUGGAACAGAGAGAAGACUGCAAGGUGGGUGUCCCUUGACUCCGAGGGAGACCUCACUUUUGCUGAGGGCUUUGGAGUUCCCAUCCAGCUCCAGGAUUUACCUCGUAGCUGGUGAUGGUUAUGGAAAUGGAAGCAUGGAUCCUCUCAACACAGAUUUCCCCAACAUUUUCUCACAUUCAACUCUUGCCACGGAAGAAGAGCUACGUCCUUUUAAUAAUCACCAGAAUAUGUUGGCUGGUUUAGAUUAUAUUGUUGCACUUCAGAGUGAGGUAUUUCUCUACACAUAUGAUGGGAACAUGGCGAAAGCAGUUCAAGGUCACAGGCGAUUCGAGAACUUUAAAAAGACCAUAAAUCCAGACAAGAUGAACUUUGUGAAACUUGUUGAUGCCUUGGAUGAGGGCAAAAUAUCUUGGAAAAAGUUCAGUUCCAAAGUAAAAAAGCUACACAAAGACCGAAAUGGAGCUCCAUAUAACAGAGAGUCAGGGGAGUUCCCGAAGCUGGAAGAGAGUUUCUAUGCAAAUCCUCUUCCCGGGUGUAUUUGCGAGACUACAGAAGAAGAGGGUAGGAUGUGA